AUGCCGGUUGAUCCAUUUGACCUUCGGUACUCGCCCAGGCGUAACCCGCCGGCGUGGAUGUCGGUGCUGGUGAUGGAGGCUGGAGCUGGCCUGGUCGCUGCUUUCAUUGAGUCGUUAGCCUAUUCAGCCCUCACGAAAUCACCCAGUAGUGAUCAGAGCAGCGCACAGUGGAGCCCAAAUAAGGUGGGAAACUCAAAUAAAACAGAAUAA